UUAUGACUUGGCGACCAAGUAAAAAGAUUCUCCCGGAUCACAUCGUGGAGAGGUGGAUCUCCGAAACUCACACGGAAGAGGGCUUAAAUAGGAACUUACCAAUUAUUCUCUGAAAAGGUUAAUUUGUUUGCCGGAUAUGUUGUAUGCAAAUCUUGAUUAAAGGAGAAAUUGAGAUGAAGGCAACCGAAUUAGGAAGAAAGUAAUAAAGACAAAAAGAGGAAUCACGGCCGGAGAUACAGUAGAAUGCGAAGGAUCGGCAUUCAUACAUAUAACCGCUAGAUUAACGAAGAGAGCCACUAGCGAAAAUUAAGGCGGUGAGAGGGGGACGGGACUCCUAAUCCGUUGAGGAUUUGAAAUUUGAAGCGAACAACGCUUCUCCGUCUCCCAUUAUAUAACAGAAGGCGGAGGUUUUUGUUCAGUAGUUGCUGAGAAGGUUGGAGGAUCGAGGUUGGACUUGUUUGCUUUGUAAAUUUGCGUGAUGAACUAUGGACCAAAGAGUGAGGGAGGAAAAGGGAAGGCUAAAAAAUACCCACCUAAAAGAAUUUUAACACUUCUUCACCAUGUGGAGAGGGAUUUCCCCUUAUAUUGUGGGAAACAAUCUCACUCUAUGACUAAGGACAUUGUCCUUUCUAAGGACAUUUCCUUGGACAACGUCUGGGUUGAUGAUCUUGUACUACAUGAUCUUCCCUCUUUUUCUAGAGAAAAUCCAAUUGAUUUCUUGGAAUUUAGUGCUCAUCGUUAUAAACUAGAGGAGACUUUGACAUUGUUCCACAAGGUGCUUAACGAGCUCUGGGAAGAAAAUAGAAUGCCAAAAGCGCAAAAGUCUAAAUUUGCAGCAAGUGUUAUACGUGAUAGUUGGCUUAACACCGAGAAAAAAUUGGGACCUAUCCCUGGAGUUGAAGUUGGUGAUCGGUUUCAAUAUAGAGCUGAACUACGUAUAAUUGGUCUUCAUCAUCAAUAUGACAAAGGCAUAGAUUACUUUGAAAAGGAUGGAACUAUAUUAGCUACAAGCAUUGUUUCAACGGGUCGAUAUGCGAAUUUCAUGUAUUCAUCUGAUAUUUUGAUUUACUCUGGUGAAGGUGGGAAUCCAAAGGUUUGUACUCAACUUCAAGUUAAAGAUCAAGUGCUUAAAAAUGGUAACCUCGCAUUGAAGAACAGUAUGGAGAGAAGAACUCCUGUAAGAGUCAUACGUAAGGGAAUAAACAAGGAUUCUAAGCUAACCACGUGUAGAAGAAGUCUAUAUGUUUAUGAUGGCCUAUACUUUGUGGAGAAGUAUUGGAAAGAAAGAGGUAAAUUUGGUAAACUUGUCUUCAAAUUUGAGCUGAGAAAGAUUUCAGGCAUAACACGAGCGUUAUUAGAAGAGUUAGAUCGCAACAGACAGAUUAUACCAGUUAUGAGGAGACUCGAUUAUAAGAAGCCUUCACCAUAUGUUUCUAACAUAGAUUACUCAGUGGUUUCAAAUCAGCCCAUGUCAUCUGGAUGCGAUUGCAUUGAUGGGUGUUCAGAUUCUGAAGAUUGUUCAUGCAAAGUAAAGAAUGGGAAGGCUCUUCCUUAUGAUUAUGGGGAACGACUUGUCAGAAGAAAGAUUUGCAUAUACGAGUGUGGCCCUUCUUGCAAAUGUUAUGGUUCUUGCAUCAACAGGGUAACUCAACGUGGGAUUAAAUUUCGGCUUCAAGUGUUUAAGAGAAAAUCAAGAAGAUGGGGUGUUAGAUCAUUAGUAAAUAUCCCAUCAGGCAGUUUUAUAUGCGAGUAUGUAAGAGAAACACAUGAAACUAAGGAAGUUGAAGGAAGAGUUGGUGGAAAUGAGCAUUGUUUGGACAAAGCAAAUUACAAUGGUGUGCUUAUGUCUGAAAAUGAUAAUGUGCUUUGUCUUGAUAAUGCGGGAAGACUUAUCAAUCACAGUAAUUAUCCUAAUCUUUAUGUCCAAAAUGUCUUUCAUGGAGAUAUUAAAAUGCCACGCAUGAUGCUAUUUGCUAUGAAGGACAUUUAUCCAUUUCAGGAGUUGACAUAUGAUUAUAAUUGUAGGACGAAAUUUUAAUUCUUGACCUUUGUAUUCUAUUUGAAAGUUAGUUGUUUGUGGAAAUGAUAAUGUGCUUUCUUCUCUUGAUAAUUGAUCUUAUCCAAUUUUGUUCUGCCGAAACUAUGAAGUUUACUACUAUGAAUAUACGGUUGCAAUAUGAGCGGCCUGGUCAGUAUACGACUCAUUCUGAAUACAAAUUAUUGGUGCAGUUCUCUGUAUAAGGUACCACUGUUGCUAUUGCUUCAUUUCUGAACUUUUAUUUUUAGUUAUUUUUGCUUUCAAUUUUAGUUUGAAUAGCCAUAGUUUAAUUUUUUUUUUUUUCAUUUUUGUUAUUUUUGCUUUCAAUAACACACACUU